AUGCCCUUGUCUUUAGAGACGCCCGUCUUGCAAGUAGACGCCAACGUCAUCCACAAAGUUGACACAACAAACCCUCAGAACCUUUUUAGCAUGUGGACAGUUUUUGCGCGCUGCCGUGAUUCAGUUGCCCAAGGACGCAGACUCGAGAAUUUGAGCUGGCGCCUCUGGAACAGAGAAACCUUUUGCUGCGAGAGUGGCGAAGCUUUUCUCCGGUCGACUGCUACUACCCAGCCAAAAGAUAUUCGCUCACCCCGAUCUCUGACCGACGACGUUCCUCAGCUUUCUGGCAGCGUCGAUUCCGUCGCGGAUGAAGAGGCGGUUGAUUUUACAGCAGAAUCGGCACCCCUCGACAUACUGCGCCCGCGUAUCCAACGCCAGGACUCGUGCGCCAGCAGCCGCAGCCGCGGUAGGGAGCGACACAUUACUUCCGACGACCUGGAGAAGAUGGUCGUUUCCAUCAUCGAGGCUAAAGGCUCGCUCAACGACCCACUCCCCGCCAUCUCAUCGCCCCUCCCACAGGUGCAAGCAAAACUCCCCCAAGCCGAAACCGAGCGAUCAGGCUCAACGACGACAGAAUCUCCCUGCCGAACACCAGAGACUACCUCAGUGGAGUCACUGCAACAAGAGGCAAUGGAGCGACCCCGCACCAUUGUCACGCGCGGGUUUUCUCCGUCCUCAUUGCCCAUUUGCCGCAUUACAUCCCAGGCGUCAAACUCUCCGUCUCUAAGCGCCAUUCCCGAGCCGACAGAUGCCCCGGCGCCGAAGCUUGUCCAGCCUAAGAAGCAACAGGCUAAGUUCGCCCUUGGUGGCUCUUCCGGCUCCGGUGACGACUCGUACAGCGACAAGGACCAUAGCCUCGAUGUGCGAAAAGUGCCGGUACCCCAACAGAAAUCUAAGAUGUUCCAGGUUGGUGGUUCAUCGGAAGCCGACGAUUCGCUCAAGAGUGCUCUCCACAUCCCUAGAGCCGGCUCGACACUCAACGCGCAAAAGAAGACGGCUUCCUUCAGCAACCAAGUUGUCACCCAGACAUUUGCCUCGUCUGCCAUUAGCGAACAGUCGGAGACCGACUACGUCGACGAGAGCGCCAUUGACGAUGACGAUGACUCGUCCGAUUGGGAAGAUUCGGUCGAGGAUAGCGGGAAGUCGAGUGUCGAUGAAAAGUUCAACUUUCAGCGCGUAGAUUCCAAGGUCAACCUCACCUCGCGAAGAUCUCUCAUUACCCUCAUGUUGGCGCAAGGGAGCAGUCGGCCCCAGAAGCUGGGCAACGCAGCAUCUCAGUCGACGUCGGCGCUUCCCAGAACGAGAGCCAACCUCAAUGGUCCUUCUUUGGUUGCUUCUCCUAACGAUUCGGACGAAGCACCGCUCAUGAUGAAGAGAGGUAACCGCGGCCCGCCACCAAUGCGGUCUAUCAACGAGAUCCCCAGAUCUGCUGCGCAACCAAUCAAUGCCGUUGCCACGGGCCUGCAUUACCAAGCUGCACUGUCUCCUCGCACUACUAGGCGCAACAUGCUCGCUACUGAGCUGACCGAGUCCCUUCGCCGGCAACUGCUGUGGGAGCGAUCGCAGAAGAGCCAGACGGCCAAUGCGGUUCUCAAGCGCCGCCACACAUCUCAGGACGUAGCGAACUUGAAUCAGUACCCGGAGAGGCCCUACAUGAAAGACAAUGAUGCCAACGCCAGCAGCUGGGACAACUAUUUCAGCAAAAACCAAUUCACCGGCUACCAUGCCCAAGGCUGGUGA